AUGUCGACGCGUAACGCGACGCCGGGGCCCAGCUCAACCGCGUCCUUGAAACGAGCAGCGUCGUCCGAAACUGAAGACAGCACUCUGGGACCGCGAGAAGCCAAGAAAGUCAAGAGAGAUAAUAAAUCCUCGACGAAUCCAUCUGUCGGUUCGGUGAACGGAACAACGACGAGGUCCAAAGACAAAAACAAGCGACGGAAGAGGAAGAAGAAGCGAAAGAUGUCGGUUGUGGAGGGGAGCGUUGGGUCUACCAGUCAGGAUGUGUCAAGGACAAGGGCGGGGCCUGCACCUAGUGCUUCUGUCACUAACGGAGCGGUCGCCGCCGCUCUUGCUCCUCCAGCUGCACGUAGCUCUGUGUCGUCAACCACUCGACCGACGAUGCAGCAGGCGGCUGAAGACAUUGCUGUGGACUCAGAUAGUGAUUCGGAUGAGGGUGACGAGCACCAAGAUACUGUCAAUAGUGCGCCUCGAAGAGAAGAAACUCUGGUAUAUACACCUCGAGAAGGGUCCAUUGAAACUGUUGAGGCUACAACGAAUGUUGCCCAGUCUACCGUGAACGGUGUUGAUGACAACGCAGCACCCAUGGUCAAUGGCAGUUCGGUGCUCAACUCACCAGGGCCUUCACAACCCAAUGGUCAGGAGCUGCCGGGGGAAGCCUCAGACGCGACUGUUGACUCGGAUAGUGACUCGGACGACGAUGUCGAUGGCCCAGUUCCAGCCAAGACCGCCUCAAAAGGGAAGGACAAGGGCAAGCAACGCGCUCGCUCCCCUACACCACCUCCUGCACCGAAACCUGAACAGACAGAAGCUGAAUUGACUUCCUUGCUCAUCGCCUCUACCUCCGACCAACCUUCCACCUCCGCACAAGCAGAGGUGCAAGCAGCUGAAAUCGCGCGUUUGACUCAACAGUUGUCCGAGCAGAGCGCUCUCCUGCAACGACACCAGGCCCACCUCAACACGGUCCAGCAAUCAUUGACAUGUCAAAUUUGUCUCGACCUCCUUCAUCGGCCAUACGCACUCUCCUCUUGCGGUCACGUCGCUUGCUACCCCUGCUUGUUGCGAUGGUUCGCUGCCAACCCUGCUCGACACCCGGACACACCUGUGGUUGACCCAGAAGAUAUUGUGAACAACCGUGUCGAUAAUAUCAUUCCAGCACCGCAGGGCAACAACCAGGAGAACAACAACCAGAACUUACAACAACGAAGGCGCGACGCACAGAGAAUCAUACGCCAGGUCCUUAUGAGGCGCAAGACAUGCCCCAUCUGUCGCGCAGUGGUACCCAACCGCCCAGUCGAGGUGUACAGCAUCAAGGACAUGGUCGCGAGCCUUGUUCGAAGCCAACUCAUUGACCACCCAGUUCCUCCGGAGGCUGCGAACACGCCUUCGGGUGCACAGACGCCCGCAGAUCCCUGGAACAACAUCUUCCCCCCUGUAACACGAAGCAGGGGUGGGCAAUGGGCAAUGGAGCUUGAUCCCGCUGGUGCGCAAGCUGACGGAGAGCAUCGCGGGAAUCUCCAGGACAUGGGGUGGUUCGACAUGGACGACGGUGGAAUUUACCGGUGCUUGGACUGCAUGCACGAGAUCUACGGCCGCCAUUGCUCAAGUUGUGGGCGCGAGUACCCUGGACAUCCUGAAGACGACUCGGAAGGCGAGAGUGGAGAUGAUAUUAUGCCAGGAGGAUGGGGAGAUUAUUUCAGAGCUUUGGGGAACGCUUUGGAAAUGGAUGGAGAUUUUGACGAGGAUGACUAUGGCGAUGAAGGCGACUUCCACGAUGCCGAGGAAGAUGUCAUCGAUCUUCUCAGUAACGACUCCGUUGAACUUGAAGAUGAUGGCUCCGACGAGGAAGAAGCAGGCUUCUUGGGACGCAUCUGGCGACACCGCCCUCUCAAUCGGCGCCGACGAGUUAUCCACCCACACCAUGAAGACGGCUUCGACGAAGAGGACGACGACCAACACAGUCAUAUCUCCGUGUCGAGUGAUGGUCCAAUUCCAAUUGUCGAUGACGACUAUCAUUCGGACGAUGUUUCCGACGAGGUGUUCUACUCUGAGGAAGAUCUGGAAGACAUUCCUCCCCGUCGCGCACGUCGAGACAGACUUCGGGCGCAAAUCCCGGAAGACGACGACAAUGAGGAUGAUGACGACGAUGAAGACUAUGUGAGCACGCAAGAUUUCCAUGACUCGGACGACGAGGACGAUGGUAAUGACGAGGGGGACGAGGAUCAGAUCAUGGCCACCUUCGCUCGACUCAACGCUUCACGCCAGCAACGCAGGCGUGUUGGUGCCACCCGACCGCCGCGCACCCGUACACGUCCUCAAGUCGGUGGGAGCCGUGGGCAAGCCAUCGUCAUCAGCGACGAAGAGGAGGAGGAUGCCGGGCAGACUGAAGGCGACUCGGAUUCCGACAUUGGGGAAAUGGGUAGGCGGAGCCGCCGUCUCGCUCCUCCGACAUCCACUCGGCGGGGCACGCGGGUCACACGACGGAUCGCUUCCCCUUCUGAAGAUGAAGGCGAGUCGGACGACGCUCAUUCUGUGGCCGCUACUGGGAAUGUAAGCGACCAGGAUGUGCAGGAGGGGUCGAGUCGUGGUGCUACGCGUCGCAGUUCUAGGUCGACUUCGCGUCGGGGUAGUACGACUGGUAGCGCGAGAGGUGGGAGUGCUGGCCCGAGUAGGAGGAAUAGGCAGGAGAGGUCUCCGUCGCCGCCUACUGAGACUCGGGAACAGAGACGUCAGAGGGCUGCGCAGGCUGCAGAGAGGAGGCGGAGGUACCCUUGA